AUGGACUUGGAGGUCAAGAGAGUAAGGAAGAAAAGGGUGGUGUACAACCAACCAAAGAUUAAAUGUGGAGCCUUGACUAAGGCAAAGGCACAAGGGUUGAGGGAAACGUUGUUGGCCAUGGGGGCCUGGAGGAAUAGUGGGGACGUGAGUAGUAUGUGGACCAUGAUAGCGAACUGCAUUAGGGAAGUUGCUAGAGAGGUGUUAGGUGUGUCAAAGUGUUAUUCGGGAGGCCACAAAGGGGACUGGUGGUGGAAUGAGGAAGUCCAAGGAAAAGUGGAAGCUAAGAAAGAGGCAUAUCUUAAGCUAGUGGGGAGCACUGAUAAGGAGGAGCAAAGGACGUGUAUGGAGCGGUAUAAGUUGGCAAGGAAAGAGGCAAAAUUGGCAGUGAUGACGGCUAAGACUGCAUCUUUUGAGCGAUUGUAUAAGGAUAUUGGGGGCAAAAGAGGCGAUAAAAAUAUGUACAAGUUAGCCAAGAUCAGGGAGAGAAAGGCUUGGGACCUGGACCAAGUGUGGUGCAUCAAAGACGAAGACAGCAGGGUUCUGGUGGAAGAGGCGGAGGACAGGAACAUUGUACUAGGAGAGUUGGAAAACUCAAGGAGUCAGAGGGAUUUUAGGUUUUGUAGGCGUAUUAGAAGCAAGAAGGAUGGUGGCCAAUACGGGAAGAAGAUGCCAGAUGAGUGGUGGUGGAGUUUGAUGAUCCCUUUGUACAAGAACAAAGGUGAUAUUCAGGACUGCAACAACUAUAUGUAUAGGAAAAGGAAGAAGAACUUGCAUAUGGUAUCCAUAGACUUGGAAAAGACUUAUGCUAAAGUCUCGAGAGAGGUCCUAUGGAGAUUUAUGGAGGUUAGCGGUGCCCCAGUGGCCUAUAUUAUAGUGAUUAAGGACAUGUACAAGGGAGUGAAGACUCGGAUUAGGACUGUGAAAAGAGACUUGAAUCAUUUUCCGGUGGAGAUGGGUUGCAUCAGGGAUCAGCUCUUAGCCCAUUUUUUUGCCUUAGCGUUAGAGGCGCUGACUUGA